AUGCGUGACAGAACCUUUGCGAUCCAGAAUCUUCCCUACGGCGUCAUCUCGCACGAGACGCGAACACAAGGCCUGCCUAAACUCGCCGUAGCUUACAAGGACUUCGCAAUAGACGUCCGACAACUCACCACCACAGACUUCACUCACCUCAAAGACAACGAGCAAUGGACCACAAUCAACUCAACCCUGUCCAAUCACACAACAUGGAAUGCCUUCGCCAGCCUACCCUCAAACCUCCGCAGUGCAUUUCGCAAACAACUUCGCUUCGUGCUAUCAUCCCAUGCUAACUCGACGGGCUUCAAUCCUUCCAGACAUCCAGCGUAUUUGCCACUUGCAGAAGUGACGAUGCAUCUGCCGUUUGAUACACGGAAUUACUCUGACUUCGCGUGUUCCUACGAACAUGCGUCCAAUUGUUCAAAGGUCAUGAAUAUCUCGUUCAAUACUGAUUCAGGAAAUUCAUGGUUCGUCUUGCCACAGGUAUACAACGGGCGAACGUCUAGCUUAGCAGUUAGCGGGACACCAGUGAAGCGACCUCAUGGGAUUUUCCCGCUCAAGAAAGGAGAGACGGCGACCUUUCAGGCGGAAAACAGGUUGGACUUUGAGCUGGAAAUGGGAGUUUGGGUGAGUAGGCCGGUUGAACGAGCUGAAAGCUCAAAGGCUGACCGUGCCAACAGACUGGACAUCACCGAUGCCAAAGAACACAUCUUCGGGCUAACACUACUAAACGACUGGUCCGCCCGAUCAAUCCAAUCCUAUAAAAUGCAACCACUAGGCCCCUUCCACUCCAAAGGAACACUAACCUCAAUAUCCCCCUGGAUCGUCCCCAUCGAAGCACUAGAAGAAUUCGCCGCCUGCCCACGGCAUACACCACAAUCGCCACCACCGCUGCCACACCUCGAUUGGAAGGACCAAGAGCACGCAACGUGGAACAUCAACGUCAAGGCAACGCUAGUCCGGGACGGGAAAGAAUAUGUCGUGAGUGAAAGUAACCUAAACGAAUUACACUGGACGCCAUUACAGCAGAUUACCCAUUCGGCAUCUGCAGGUGCUGGACUGUCUCCUGGAGACGUCCUUGGCACAGGGACUAUCAGCUCGAGUCGGAAGAACGACGCCGGAGAAAAGAAUGGAUUGAGUUGUCUGCUAGAACGACGAUUGGACGAUGCGAAACUGUCGACAUUGCCGGAUGGACUUGCAGAGAGGUUCUUGGAGGAUGGAGAUGAGGUUGUGCUGACGGCUUGGGUCGAGGAUAAACAGAGUAGAGAAGUUUUGUUGUGGUUUGGAGAGUGUAAGGGCAAGAUUGAGCCGGCAAAUUCUCCUAGAGCGUAA